AGCGCGCUGCGCUGCAGGGCCAAACUGAGCGCCCACGCGCCAUGGGGAGCCCGGCAUUGCAGCUGCUGCUCCCAUUGCUGCUGGUCCUGCUUCUGCUGGUCCCUCUGAGCCAGGGCUUCCCAGGAUCUGGAGACUCACCGCUAGAAGAUGAUGAAGUCGGGUACUCACACCCUAGAUAUAAAGACACCCCAUGGUGCUCUCCCAUCAAGGUGAAGUACGGGGAUGUGUACUGCAGGGCCCCUCAAGGAGGAUACUACAAAACAGCCCUGGGAACCAGGUGUGACAUUCGCUGCCAGAAGGGCUAUGAGCUGCAUGGCUCUUCCCAGUUGAUCUGCCAGUCAAACAAACGGUGGUCCGACAAGGUCAUUUGCAAGCAAAAGCGAUGUCCUACCCUUGUCAUGCCAGCAAAUGGAGGGUUCAAAUGCAUAGAUGGUGCCUACUUUAAUUCUCGGUGUGAGUACUAUUGCUCACCAGGAUACACACUGAAAGGGGAGAGGACAGUCACGUGUAUGGACAACAAAGCCUGGAGUGGCCAACCAGCAUCUUGUGUUGAUAUGGAACCACCUAGAAUCAAGUGUCCAAGUGUAAAGGAACGCAUUGCUGAACCAAAUAAGUUGACAGUCCGGGUGUCCUGGGAUACCCCUGAGGGAAGAGACACAGCAGAUGGCAUUCUAACCGAUGUUAUUCUAAAAGGCCUCCCACCAGGCUCGAAUUUUCCAGAAGGAGACCACAAGAUCCAGUACACAGUUUAUGACCGAGCCGAGAACAAGGGCACUUGCAAAUUUCGAGUUAAAGUAAGAGUGAGACGCUGUGGCAAACUCAACCCCCCAGAGAAUGGUUACAUGAAGUGCUCCAGUGAUGGAGAUAAUUAUGGAGCCACUUGUGAGUUCUCCUGCAUUGGCGGUUAUGAACUACAGGGUAGCCCUGCCCGAGUAUGUCAGUCCAACUUGGCUUGGUCUGGCACGGAGCCCACCUGUGCAGCCAUGAAUGUCAAUGUGGGCGUAAGAACAGCAGCUGCACUUCUGGAUCAGUUUUAUGAGAAAAGGAGGCUUCUUAUUGUGUCUACACCCACAGCCCGAAACCUCCUCUACAGGCUGCAGCUUGGAAUGCUACAGCAAGCACAGUGCAGCUUGGAUCUUCGACAUAUCACCGUGGUAGAGCUGGUAGGCGUGUUCCCGACCCUUAUUGGCAGAAUAGGAGCAAAGAUUAUGCCUCCAGCCCUAGCUUUGCAGCUCAGGUUGUUGCUGCGAAUCCCACUUUAUUCCUUCAGCAUGGUGCUAGUAGAUAAGCAUGGCAUGGACAAGGAACGCUAUGUCUCCCUGGUGACACCUGUGGCCCUCUUCAAUCUGAUUGACACUUUCCCCUUGAGAAAAGAGGAGAUGGUCCUGCAAGCUGAAAUGGGGCAAACCUGUAACACCUGAUGUGAUGGUUCCUCUCUCUGCAGUUCCUCUUCUCUUUCUACAUAGUGAUAUGCACAUGGAAAGGCCUUAAAAAUAUCCUUGAUGUACAGAUUUUUAUUUGUAAUUUUUAAAGUCUAUUUUAUUAUGACCUUUCUUUGCACUUAAAAAUUAGCACAAUGCUUUUUGAACUUCGAAGAGUUCAAAAAAUGAUAUAUUUACUAUUUCUAACUCUCUUUACUCCAUGAUGGCUGGUUAAUUUUGUAGAGAAAUUAAAAACCACAGUCAUACACAUCCUUUCAAUAUGUUAUUCAGUGUGACAGGUAACUUUUCUUACAUCUUUUUUUAUAUAAAACUUUUACCAAUAAAAUAUUGUGGAGCAAA